AUGACGAGAGACCUCGGCGAUUUCUUCUCAGGUAGCGGAGCAGAACAAGAAUGGCAGCCCCGCAGUGGAACCCGCACGCAAGGACGGGCACGGGAGAAUCAACGCGCCGCGUCGCCCACCUCCAAGGCUCCUUUCAGCGGAGACCCACCCUGGGCCGAAACUGCAUCCUGGAGAGGAGCGAACAGACCCAACGACAGCGAAGAACAGAGACGUAGCCGCAAGGAUGCAAGCACCUCGUUCGUCGCGGCGACCCGCGAGAGCGACCGAACGCUCAUGAAGACGCAGCACAAGUUGACCUCGGACCCGGGUGUACAGACACCGGACGACACCCGUGGAACGUUCAAGUCAACAAGCGAAGAUUCCGCUGCUCAGUUUGAGCCUUUCACGUCUCCGCAGGGUGAGGCGGCUUUACCCAGCGCUGUUGCGGAUUGCCACUUCCCUUCCAAGACGCCCAGAAGAGAGCCCCGUUCGAAAGGGAAGUGGAGUCGGAACGCAGAGAACGAGGAGCGUGUUCGCUUCGACGCGUCGCCGAACGAAGAAGACGUGAGGUCACUUCUGAAGCAGGCACGAAGCUCAAAGAGACAGAUUGUCUAUUCUGCGGAAAACGACGAAGGGAACGUGGAGUACAAACUUUUUCUCUCGAAGCUGACACCGACGAAGCUCGCUCACCGCACCACGCAAAUGAGGUAUCGCCUGCACGAGGGCGCGGGCGUCUGCUUCUAUCUCCUCGGCGUCACAGACGACGGGCUCGGCGUGGGCAUUUCUUCCCGGUGCAUGCGCGCGAGCCUCCAAGCCGUGGAGCUGAUGGCCUCCUCGCUUGCAGCAUCGGCCGUAGUCGUUUAUCUGAAGAGAGUGGUGGAAGAGGCAAAGGGGAAAAGAGACAAGGAAGAGCAGGAAGAGAAGACGGAGAGAGACCGAGAUGAACCGCAGACCCGGAGAGCGAGGCAGUUCAACAGAGAGGUCGAGCAGAGUGACGGGAAGCACGAGAAAGAAGAAGCGGAGCUGUGCGAGACAAGCGAGGAAGGCAACGUGGACUGGGAGACAGUGUUGGAACGUUCUGAGACAAAUGGUGUACGGUGGAUAGCUUGCGUUCGCGUGACUCGAAAUGGACUGACGACCUCGACUGUCCCCUCGAGGGCCACCGCCCAGCCGGCAGUCUCCCCUGAUGGCCUUGGAGCCCAGCGCGCCGGUGCGGUCCGCGUCGCCGUUCUUGGAGCGCACGGCGCGGGGAAGAGCUCUCUCGUGGCUGUACUUGCCGAAGAAGGGACUCUGGACGACGGAGAGUAA